GGUUUCGGUGCUACAAGAAAAGAAGAAAAUUUCGCUGGGUGCAAAGUUUUACGUUUUCAUCCAGAUUUUUUUUUUCUCGCGUGUGCGUUUUUUUUUUUAUCUGAGUUGCCCCAGUAGAAAUUAGCGCUAAUUAGUGACUAGUGCUAUUUUUUCAAAGGAAAUUCAAUUUUUCUUUGUUUAAAGCUCGUGGGGACGCCAAAGUCCACCAUUUUAUUCCGAGCGCUGAUUUUUGUUUCUUCUCUUUUGUUUGAACCUCCAUUGCAGUGUGGAGAGAGAGAGGGUGAAAGUUCUCUUUUGUUACACGAUUACACUGCUUGGGUGUUGGUGAACAAAUCAAACGGCGGCGGCAGCGGCAAUUUAAGCGUUUGUCGUGUGGCUGUAGUGGUAAACAUCCCAACGGCGGCGGCGGCUGGAGCAGAGCUGCUGGUGUGGCUGUAGUGGUGAACAAUUCGGCGGCGGCGGCGGCUUGAGCAGAGUCGCUGUGGUUGCUGUGGUGGUGUGGUGACAUCAGAGGCGGCGGCGAAGCUUGCACGGUGUGUUGGUUGCGAUUUUUUUGGUGGAGUUUUGUUUGAUCCGUCUGUGCAAAGACGAGGAUUUUUUGUACUGCUGGCCAACGAGAUCAAAGGAUGUCUUUGACGGCUACCACCGAACCUUAUUUGCCCGGUUCAAUUCCAUUUAGUCAAUACUUGGAACAACUGGAGUGGAUUUUUCUCCACAAUAAAUUGAAUAAGACUGAUUAUAAAACAUCGUUUUUGGCCAUCUGCGGCCAGGAGGUGUAUACAAUGUUGAAAAAACUUUUCCCUGGUGAAAAUUUAAAAGAUUUGAGCUAUGACACAAUAACAGACAAACUGAAAAAGCAUUACGAUAAAAGUGAUUCAGAAGUGAUUCAUAGUUUCAAGUUUUGGUCCAGGAAGCAAGGUCAACACGAGAAGGCCGAAGAUUAUGUGUUGUCGGUCAAGGUUUUAGCCGAACGGUGCUGUUUCGGUGAUUUUAGGGACAGAGCCAUUAGAGAUGUGCUUGUCAUGGGAGUGUUUGAUAGAGGUUUACAAAAAAGGUUGUUCGACGAGGACAACUUGACGGCGGACAAGGCGGAGAAGAUGAUACUCAAUCAGGAGUUGUCGUCGAACCGCACGAGGAUUCUGAACAAUGGAGAUGAUGGUAGAAGUAGCUUGGUGAAUCGUUUGGGAAGAAGACCGGAUCGUACACCGAACAAGGGAGGUUACCGGAACAGGAGCAGAAGUAACAACAGAACUCGUUCUUUUUCGAGCGAUAGGAACAAGAACAAGAGUGAUUCUGGGAAGCCAACCUUUUCUUCCGCGUAA